CAUCAUGAUGGUUAUCUGGCUCAUGUCAUUGUCCCCAGCAUCAAGCGAGGUGGGUAAGAAUGUCACCCACAAGCCCAGGUUUAAAGCAGCUGGUGGCAGACCUGGGGUCCCCAGGUCUCUUGCCCAGGUUGGUGACUAGGAGCAGUGGGAGCCAGAGACACCAUGGUUUUCAGGGCUGGCCACUGUAUUUUGAUAAUGCUGUUUGGGGUUUGGCUCCUGGCUGUUAGUCUGUGGCCAGUUUGAACUGGUUCACAGCUUUUAUAAGGGUGAGAUGAGCAAGAUGCCAGCAGCUCCAGAAGAGUGAGCAACCAGCAACACUGGUGCGCGUGGCUCCCAGUCGCUGGUCACAAUGACAGACCAAGUGCCUGGGCCAGCCAGCGCAGCUCCGCAGGCAGCAGAUGCCCACUCACAGCUCAGGCAAGAAGACACCCCGAGCAGCAGCUCCGAUGUCCUCUACCCAGUGGCCAGCCGCAGCAUCUUUGCCUCAAGCAUCACCUCAGCAGCAGAGCGAGUCCGUGCCAUCCUGCAACAGGAAGAGGUGGGGGACAGAAAGUGUCCACUGCUGUUCAUCCAGCUCAAUGAGCUGCUCAGCACCCCGGAAGGCCUGGAGUGGAAAGAGACGGCCAGGUGGAUAAAGUUCGAGGAGAAGGUGGAGGACGGAGGGGAGCGCUGGAGCAUGCCCCAUAUCCCAGCCCUCCCCCUACACAGCCUCUUCGAGCUGAGGACAUGCCUGCAGAAAGGGACAGUGCUCCUGGAUCUGGAUGCCCACAGUGUCAAGGAAAUAAUUGACAAGGCGCUUUGCAGGCAGCCCAAUGACUGGGUGCUGCAGCCUGAGCUGAAGGACCGCCUGGCAGCUCUGCUGCUCCUCCAGCCGCGGCACCAAGCCACCAAAUCCCCACUGCUGGCGCUCGCUGACCUCGGCCUCAGUCCCUGCAGAGGGAAGGCCAAAAACUGCUCUCAGCCCAGAGCCCAGCUCUCAGAAACACCUCUCAAGGAGCAGCUGAGAAACCGAUUUAAGAAGAAGCUCCCACCAGGGGCCGAAGUUGCCAACGUUAUGGUUGGUGAAGUUGACUUCCUGAAGAAGCCAUUCACCGUUUUUGUUCGUUUAAGGGAGGUGGUGGCACUUGGCUCACUGACUGAAGUUGCUCUCCCCAGCAGGUUUCUUUUCAUUCUGCUGGGCCCCCAUGCCAAAGCGAAAGCCUAUCAUGAGAUCGGAAGGGCCAUGGCCACGCUGCUGACAGAUGAGCUCUUCCAAAGGGUUGCCCUGCAGGCUAUGAACCAAGAGGACAUCACUGCAGGAAUUGAUGUGUUUCUGGAUGAGCUGACCGUGCUUCCUCCUGGGAAAUGGGAUGCCAGUGCCCGAAUUCCUCCACCAAGCUGUUUGCCAUCUCCGCAUAAGAGGAUCUCCAUGCACCUGCGGGAGUGGAAAUCUCAUUGCAAUGGGAGCACAGCAGCUGCUGAGGACAGACCUGGCCUGGGCCACCUGCACUUCAGUGAGGAGCUGGAGAGGACAGGGAGGCUCUUUGGGGGGCUGUUCCGAGACAUCCGGAGGAAGGCACCUUGGUACAGGAGUGAUUUCUCUGAUGCCCUGCACAUUCAGUGCCUCUCAGCAGUUCUCUACAUCUACCUGGCAACUGUCACCAAUGCCAUCACCUUUGGGGGCAUGCUGGGGGACGCAACAGCCAACAUGCAGGGCGUGCUGGAGAGCUUCCUGGGCACCGCUUUUGCUGGCUCCAUUUUCUGCCUCUUUUCCGGCCAGCCCCUGACCAUCUUGAGUAGCACUGGUCCUGUGCUGGUCUUCGAGCGCCUCCUCUUCUCCUUCAGCGAGGACUACAGCCUCGACUACCUGGAGUUUCGCCUCUGGAUCGGGCUCUGGGUGGCCUUUUUCGGCUUGGUCUUGGUGGCCACCGAAGCAAGCCACCUGGUGCAGUAUUUCACCCGCUUCACUGAGGAAGGCUUCUGUGCUCUCAUCAGCCUGAUAUUCAUCUAUGACGCCCUGAAGAAGAUGCUGAGCCUGGCAGAAGCCUUCCCCAUCAACUGGCAGUACCGAACUGAUGAUGUGACCUUGUACAGCUGCUCCUGCAACUUGUCCAGCCCAGGCCACGUCUCUGCAGGGAAUGACACCGACACACCGCUCCCUUCGCCCACAGCCCUGCAGCAGCCUCCCGCAGCCCCCGCCUGGCUGAGCCGGGCCCAGUGCCUGAGUCGAGGAGGGCAGCUCCUGGGGGCCAGCUGCCAGUACGUGCCCGACGUCACCCUCCUGUCCUUCCUGCUCUUCGGGGGCACCUUCCUCUGCUGCACGGUGCUCAAGCACUUCAAGAGCAGCCGCUACUUUCCCACAGGGCUUCGGAAGCUGGUGAGCGACUUCUCCAUCAUCCUGGCCAUCCUCAUCUUCUGUGCCAUCGACCUGGCCCUUGGCCUGGAGACCCCCAAGCUCCUUGUUCCCAGCGAGCUGAAGCCCACGAACCCCACACGGGGUUGGAUUGUCCUCCCCUUUGGAGCCAACCCCUGGUGGGUGUGCCUGGCAGCCGCAGUGCCCGCCAUCCUCGUCACCAUCCUCAUUUUCAUGGACCAGCAGAUCACGGCUGUCAUCCUUAACCGCAAGGAGUACAAGCUGAAGAAAGGGGCAGGCUUUCACCUGGACCUCCUCUGCGUCUCCCUCCUGAUGAUCGUCACCUCCGUGACGGGCCUCCCCUGGUAUGUGUCGGCCACCGUCAUCUCCUUGGCACACAUGGACAGCCUCAGGAAGGAGAGCACAACCUCAGCUCCAGGAGAGCAACCCGAGUUCCUGGGCAUCCGGGAGCAGAGGCUGACCGGGUUGGCAGUCUUCAUCCUCACAGGAGUCUCCGUCUUUAUGGCACCCAUUCUCAAGUACAUCCCAAUGCCGGUGCUGUAUGGGGUCUUCCUGCACAUGGGGGUGGUGGCUCUGAACAGCAUCCAGUUUACGGAUCGAGUGCGGUUGUUCCUGAUGCCAGCCAAGCACCAGCCAGACCUCCUCUACCUCCGCCACGUGCCUCUGCGACGAGUGCACCUCUUCACAUUCAUCCAGGUUCUGUGCUUAGCUGUGCUCUGGGUCCUCAAGUCCACCGUGGCUGCCAUUAUCUUCCCAGUGAUGCUGCUAGCCCUGGUGGGGAUCCGGAAGGGGCUGGAGUGCAUCUUCUCCCUGCACGACCUGAGCUGGCUGGACAGCAUCAUGCCUGAAACAGGCAGGAAGGAGGCAGAGGGGAAACUGCCCAGGAAGCAUGAGAAGGAGGAAAGCGACACUGAGGAGUCUGAGCUGAUGCAUCGCCACGGACCAGAGAUCAACAUCUCCGUGAACUAGGUGUGCAGCUGGGACACAGGGCAAGGUGCUUGGAGCAGCCGCAUCCCUGGGAGUGGCUCCGUCCAUCAGCCAGCCCACAGGCCCCGCUUGGCUCAGUCCCCACCUGGCAGCUCGCGGCCAUCAGCACUGACACUACCACCGCCAGCUCACCUCCGAUCCCCAGGGGGAUCCAGCACAGGGU